CUCUUUCGAAAGUCCUUCCAGGUUACGAUGAUAUCAAUAUUUGUCUGAUUGCUGAUUGCCAUUCAUUAAACAAUUCGUUCAUGCCAAUUCAAAACUCCACGGCACGCAGAAGAAUAUGUGCAGCUCUGUAUAUAAACACCGAAGAACUCCCAAUUUUUUGUAUACCAGAAUCACAAUUGCAAUGGCUUCUAACCAAUUCUUAUGGCUUGCCUUGUUCAUCUUUGCAGUUUCAGUCUCUGGGGCAAUCUCUAGAGCAAUAACCGAUGUACCGAUGUCAGUCAGGCACGAGCAGUGGAUGGCAAAGUACAACCGAGUCUACAAGGAUGCGGCUGAGAAAGCGCACCGGUUCAAGAUAUUCAAGAACAAUGUGGAGUACAUUGAGUCUGUGAACAACGCAGGAGAUCGAAAAUACAAGCUUGGUAUCAACCAGUUCACAGACUUAACCAACCAGGAGUUUAAAGCCACUCAUACUGGUUUUAGGCCUUCGAAGAUUACAAUAAGUGCUAGGAAAGCCACAGGGUCCUUCAGAUACGAGAAUGUUACUGCUGCCCCUGCUUCUGUUGAUUGGAGAACCAAAGGUGCUGUUACUCCAAUCAAAGAUCAAGGACAAUGUGGAUGUUGCUGGGCAUUCUCUGCCGUGGCUGCGAUGGAAGGGAUCACCAAGAUCAGAACAGGGAAGCUGGUCUCAUUGUCCGAGCAAGAACUCGUUGACUGUGACACCGAUGAGGAUGAAGGAUGCAAUGGUGGACUAAUGGAUGAUGCAUUCCAAUUCAUCAUCAACAACGGUGGACUCACUACUGAAUCAAACUACCCUUACAAAGCAGCUGAUGGCACAUGCAACACCAACAAGGAAUCAUCUCAUGCGGCCAGCAUCAGUAGCUUCGAAGACGUGCCAGCUAACAGCGAGUCAUCAUUGUUAAAGACAGUUAUCAAGCAGCCGGUGUCAGUGGCCAUUGAUGCCGGUGAAGAUGACUUCCAACAUUACUCCAGCGGUGUUUUCACCGGAGAAUGCGGCACGGAUUUGGACCAUGGUGUGACUUUGAUUGGUUAUGGGAAAACAAGUGAUGGAACAAAGUAUUGGCUGGUGAAGAACUCAUGGGGGAAAUCAUGGGGAGAAAAGGGGUAUAUAAGGAUGGAACGUGAUGUUGAUGCUGCUGAAGGUCUUUGUGGCAUUGCCAUGCAAGCUUCCUAUCCUACUGCAUGAAAUUGAAUUAAAUGUAAUAUUAUGUCUUUAUUUGUGUUAUUAUUUGUGCUUGUUUCAAUCAAGCAUUCAUUAUGUGAAUUGUUGUUAUUAUCCUUUGUUGUGUAUAUAUAUGUAAAGCUGCAGCAUGUUAAUGUGAUUGUGUCUAUGUAACUCAAUGUAAAUCUCAGUGUAAGUUUGUCUUGUUUUCUUAUUUAA